AUGCAAAGCCGAACCGUAUCCGGCUACGCACACAUGCUGAGACUCGGCGAACUGACGACGCUUUGCUACACACUCCUCUACUUGGCUUCACUACAUUUGGUCGCGCGGGCAGAAGAUGUUGGGCGCGGAUAUGGAUAUGUGGAUACAACAGCGCUAUCGUCGAUUCUCGAUCGACUUACAAAUCGCACAGUUUAUGAUAAGCGGUUGCGACCAAGAUACGGUGAUAAACCCGUCGAUGUCGGCAUCACCAUUCACGUCUCGUCGAUCUCAGCAGUUUCCGAAGUCGAUAUGGACUUCACAUUGGACUUCUACAUGCGUCAAAACUGGCAAGACCCACGUCUCGCCUUCGAGCCACUCGAAACCGGCAGCGGCCAGAAAAUCUCGUCACUAACGGUUGGAGUGGACUACAUGGACAAGUUGUGGAAGCCGGAUACGUUUUUUCCAAAUGAGAAAAAGUCGUUCUUCCACACAGCGACUACCCACAAUUCGUUCUUGAGGAUUGACUCUGAUGGAACGGUGGCGACUAGUCAAAGGUUGACAGUAACUGCAACGUGUCCAAUGAAACUCCAACUCUUCCCCAUGGACUCGCAGAGGUGCAAGCUGGAAAUCGAAAGCUAUGGAUAUUCCGUCGUCGACAUCAACUAUCUAUUUCCACAUGGCCCACAAUCGAUCAGCACCGAUGAGCCGCAGUUGCCACAGUUUGUAUUGUCCAAUGUUCGCAUCAAUCGGGUGACGGAGAAGCUCAGUUCCGGAGAGUAUUCACGGCUGCUCUGCUAUUUCAUGUUCGAGCGUAAUCUUGGGUUCUAUCUGCUACAAAUUUACAUCCCGUCAGUGCUGAUUGUGUCGAUCUCAUGGGUGUCAUUUUGGUUGUCGAGAGAGGCUACGCCAGCCCGUGUUGCGUUGGGUGUUACAACGGUGUUGACAAUGACCACACUGAUGACGACAACAAAUAGCGCGAUGCCGAAGGUGUCCUACGUCAAGUCGAUUGAUAUCUUUCUAGGUACAUCGUUCAUGAUGGUAUUUUGCUCAUUGUUGGAAUAUGCGGCAAUUGGAUAUUUGAGUAAACGAUUGAAAUUGUGUGAGGUUCGGAAGAAAUCAUCCGUUAGGUCCUUACUUUCUUCACCUGUAGAACCGGCAAUGCGCUCCAUUUCCGUACCCGCAUAUUUCAACACAGCCUAUCGUCCCUUCUACUCAUCUACAGAUCGAAAAUCAACCCUAUUUUUGGACGAGCAACACCGCCCCAAAGUUAGCUUCAUGGAAUCCGACUGUGAUUGCCCGCUAUUGGCACCCCAAAGCGAGGAGACGACCCCGGGACGAGUAGAAAUUAUUGUCACCAAGCAUGAAUUUGCAAAACAACCAUUUGAUUGGAAACAACUGAUUAAACCGUCAAAUAUUGAUAAAUAUUCCCGAAUAUUCUUUCCUAUGUGUGGGGACUAUCCAUAUGGCUACAGCACGUUCGACAUCCAGUACUUCUGGGGCGACCGGAAUACGACCGAGAUGAAUGCCGUCAAGUUCGAGCCGUUCACGCUGCCGCAGUUUAAGCAGACGGCUUAUACGAUUAAUAAGACGAUUGCAACGACGGCAUCAGGCUCUUAUGAUCGGUUGGCGUUCGAAGUAUUGCUGGUCCGGAAUAUGGGCUUUUACACGAUGAAUAUCGUCAUCCCUUCCGUUCUGAUCGUCACAAUCUCAUGGGUGUCAUUUUGGCUGAAUAGAGAGGCCAGCCCUGCCCGUGUCGGCCUUGGUGUCACCACUGUGCUCACGAUGACUACCCUUAUCACCACAACAAAUAAUUCUAUGCCCAAAGUCAGCUAUAUCAAAGGGUUGGAUGUGUUUUUGAAUUUUUGUUUCGUGAUGGUGUUUGCCUCAUUGGUCGAAUAUGCCAUCGUUUCCUAUAUGAACAAAUGGAUCGCGUUGCGACGUGAGAAAAGGCGAAAGCAGGCCGAGCAGCAGCAGAGGCAAGAGAUCCCAAUGUUCUCACCAAAGCAACCAAACAAUAACUCGUACGAGAUGGGGAUCAUGUCCCAAAAUUCGACACCGGCCAAAAGCUACGACCGCGGCCAGGAAAUGGCACUACUCACUGAACAUGCAUCCACGCAUCAAUUGGUGGAGAUGCCAUUGGAUUGUGAUUGCCGGACAAUUCCGUUCACACAGAACCCACGGUUGGUUCCAUCCGGUGCAGCCGGUAUGUGGCCAGCUCCCUUCGGCAAGUCGAAAAAGAAGAAACGAUCGUGCUGCCAAAUCUGUUCACCAGCCAAGAUCGACAAGUGCAGUCGCUACGCGUUCCCGCUGAUCUUCAUCGGUUUCAACGUGAUUUAUUGGUCUAUAAUGCACUUCCUUGCAUCACUCGAUGGCUACUCGACGCUGAACAUCAACUACGAGUGGUGCGGGGUUGGAACGGCUGCUGAUUGCCGUUCGGUCAAGUUGGAAGCGUCCGCCGAGCUCCCUUCUUACACGCUCUCCGAUCACUGUGUAGGGCGCACAGUGGCCACAACGGCUUCAGGUUCCUAUUCGCGGCUGGCCGUGAUAUUCAUCUUUAGCCGGGAAUCCGGUUUUUAUAUGUUGCAAAUUUUUGUGCCAGCCGGGUUGGUUGUCGGGAUCAGCUGGGUAUCCUUCUGGAUCAACAGAGACUCGGCACCUUCCCGAACAAUUAUUGGUGUUAUGACUGUUCUUACUGAGACUCAUCUCAUGACGGGUACUAAUCGCCGGCUACCCCCGGUUUCUUAUAUCAAGGCUGUGGAUAUUUAUCUUGGGUUUUGCUAUCUCCUCGUCGUCUUCGCCCUCAUCGAAUAUGCGUGUGUCGCCUACACGAAGAAGAAAAAUGAGGAUCGGCGAAGACGGCAGAAAAAAUCUGAUUUUAAGCCGCCCAGCCUUCAGACACCUGAUCUCUUACAAGAUGCUCGACUUGCCGAAUGUACUUGCAAUGCUCAACAAUCAAUCGUAGCAAUCGUCAAGAAACCGAGCAAAUUCUGUAUUCGACAUUCCCAUAUUGAUAUUGCGGCCCGAAUUAUAUUUCCAUCGGCGUUCUUCAUCUUCAACGUAGUCUUCUGGAUUGUCCUUCUCCUGAAAGCCAAUCGGAUGCCGUACACCGAAGCUUCAACCGCGCAGACGUGCAACGAAGGCAGU